UUCUUAUAUGUCAUAAUUAAUCACUCUGUUACAUUGACAGAGUAGUUCCCGAGAUCCUCUCCUUGCCUUUCUUUAUCAAUGCAUUGUGAAACUUUUCUGUGUUUUUCCAUAGACAAACCCAUAUACCCCAAAACCCAGCUUUCAUUUCCUUAAAUAUCCUUGCAUGACAGCUUCUCCCUCCUUUUCUUAAUUUUCAUCUUGAUUCUCUUUGUGAUUUUCCAUCUCCAGAACGAUGGUGCAAAACAGGUUAAUCUCCUAAUGAACCUCAUUUUGCACCAUUUUCUUUGAAGGGUCGUUGUAAAUUGAAGCUACGGGAUUUCGAGAAUUCAUCCUAAAAAUAAGUUCCAAAGUUAAUGGCUUAUUUGAAUCAUGAGAACAGCAAGAGAGGAAGUGGUAAGAAACUAAAAGUGCAUUUUGAUCUACCUGAGGAUGAUGAUUAUCCCAAUCACAAGCGUUCAGGUUCUUCAGGAUCUCCUAGAUCUUCUUCAUCAUCAUCAGAUUCUGAUGAUGAUGGCAUGGACAAUGCUGAUUCCAAGUAUUGUGGCAUCUAUGGCUCUCCUGUGUGGAGUUUCCAAGGAGGGUCAGUGUCCCAAUCUCCUCCACUUCAGCUCAUGAAUUCUCCUGGGUAUGACCCUAACAGAAUCCCCUCUUCUAUAUUCAAUAAACCUGCAAGUCCUUUGGAAUGGAGUGUGGCCUCAAAUGAAUCACUAUUCAGCAUACACAUAGGAAACAACAGUUUCUCAAAGGAUCAUGCUUUUGCAUUGAGCAACAGAUCUGGGGAAUUGCCUAGGACUGGUGAUACAGCAAUGCUGCCAUCCGUUCAAGAGGCAAAUUGUAAAGACAAAAAUGUGGACAUGGAAAGACACUCUUUCUCAUUAGAUUCGCCCACUGGAACUUCAGAUUCAGUUGCUGACACCAAGAAAACAGAAACAUCAGAAGUUUCCACAGAUGGGACAGUGUCGAACAAAACUCCAGAUGAUCAUAGUAACGAAGCAAAGAUCCCUAAUGGGGAACCUAAAAAGGUUUUUCGUUCCAUGGGAAGCGAUAUAAGCACACGUUCAUUUCAAUUUCCUAUAUUGACAGCUGAAGGAGGAAGAACUAGUUCAUCAUUAGAAGAUUCAUCAGAAAAGCAAGAGAAAGGUGAAAACCAGGAGCAGCAGCCAGAGAAUGAACUGCAGAAAAGUCCUAGUUCUAAAUCAGAAAAGGCACCAAAACAAGGUGGCAAAAGUUGGUGUUUCUGCUUCACCUGUUCAUGCUUUUGAGAGAGACAGGUUUUGGAUGAUGUUGGAAUGGAAACAGCUAAAUGACUAAAAUGAUGAUGGUGACAAUGGUCAAACAAUUGAUCUGCUGGUUACAUGGGAAUCAUUUCCUUCAUUGAAACCUGAGCUUCAAUCACAUGGUUAAGAAGGAAAUGAGUUCAAUGUUAAAGGGUAUACAUAGAUGAAUAUUUUUUAUCAAUAACCUCUCACAACAAAUCAAUCGAAUGAUGAUUAUGUAAACCAUCCAACAGUGCUUGAAAAUAGCUAUUAUGCUUUAAAGGGUCCAAAUUCUUAGAUAUUAAUCUUUUCGUUAAAUCACUUGCAGUUACAUGCAUUAACAGAUCCCUCUGUUUGAGAAAUCAAGAUUGAGAGGAUUCAACUCAUACACUUCUUCCUGUUUCAAAUUUGAUAAAUUCAGGUUGUUCAUGUCAUGUACAUC